AUGGACUCCUCGCGAAUGUCCGAGGAGGGCUUUGGAGUUGCAGAUCAAAGCCAAGGCAGCCUACCUUGGAGGCUGUCUCUGAAGGGCACCUUCAAGACUUUGAGCGAGUGGGGCGACCAGAUUGAGCGCCGCCACUUCGAUGGGAACUUCCUGGAAGCGGUCAGUAGCGCUCCACGACAAGCGGUAGAACAGCACCGACAUCUCUUGUCCCAGGCCUCACGAAUUGGAGGAGAGUUGGGCUCCGCCGCGGUGAAGCUGGUGGAAGAGGCCGCCGGCCGAGGUCCGGACUCUUCCUCACCGACCGCGUGCUAUUUCGAGACAUCCCCCGCCGAAUUGGCAGCCGUAACUCUCGGAACCUACGUUCCGACCACCUGCAUCACCGAUCUGUGGCAGGAGGUCAGCCGCCUCCAGCAGGAUCUGCAGCUGCACGAAGAGCUCCGCAAAGGCCGCAGCAGCGCGCUGACUUCCCAGGAUGAAGCUUUGCGAAAGCUGCGCGCGGAGCUGAUGGAGAGCCGGUGCAGCGUGCAGGAGGCUCUGGAAGGGCGGCAGCGUGCUGCCGGCAGGCUGCAAGGUUCCGAGCGCGGCUUCGAGGCUCUUCAGGACGCGCACCGGAAUCUGCAACAGCUGCGUGCGGAAGCGGAGUCUGAGUUGAGGCAGCUCAAAGCAGCUGCAGCCCAGGCGCUUCAAGUUGAGGCCGAGGCACUGGCGCCCGGUGCCGCUUCGCAGAUUAGCACCAGGUUUCUUGCGCCUGGUGCAGCAUCCUGGGCACGUGAUGGUCCAGAGAUCGAAGCUUUGAAAGCUGCCAAAGUUGAACUGGCCGAGCUGCUGGCUGAAAGCGACGAGGUCCGUCUGCGUUCCCGACGCGAGAGCGCUCAGCUGGCGCAUCAGCUUGAAGGUGCCGAGGCAGAGAACCUGCGCCUGGGUGGAUCGGGAGCUCGCCGCACUGCUCAGGACGCCCGCCCUUUGAACGAUGGCUCCAUGGUGUCACCUUCUACCCCUUCCCAAGGCUCGCGGCAGCCUGUGUGGAAGCGUUGGACAGCACGGGACGACAAUCCGUUCUCGUGA